AUGAGAUUCUCUUUGGUGGCUACCACGCUGCUUGUCGGCUGCACAUUUGCAGCCCCCCAUGAUCAUGGGCGAGGCUUUAGCCUUGAUACCCUUGCCAAACGCGCCGGCAUGCACUGGUUUGGUACCGCUGCCGAUAUUCCUCACACAGAUGAGACAACCGACGCGGCAUAUCUGGAGGUCUUGCGAACCCAAUUUGGCGAAAUGACUCCGGCCAAUGCCCUGAAGUUCAUGUAUACCGAGCAAGGCCCGAAUCAGUUCAACUUCACCGAUGGCGAUUACUUCAUGGACUUGGCCAGACGCACCGGAAAGCCCGUUCGUUGCCAUAACCUUGUCUGGGCGUCCCAAGUGUCCGACUGGGUGACAGCGAGAAAUUGGACCGCGGAGACCCUGAUCCCCGUCAUGCGCAAUCACAUCUUCAAGACCGUCCAGCAUUUUGGCAAGCGCUGCUACUCCUGGGAUGUGGUCAAUGAAGCGUUCAACGGUGACGGCUCGUUCUCGGGUGGCGUUUGGUACGAGACCAUCGGCGAGGAGUAUAUCUAUCUCGCAUUCAAGUUUGCCCAGGAAGCCCUGGCCGAAAUUCACGCGGACAAAGUCAAGCUCUACUACAACGACUACGGCAUUGAGAACCCCGGUCCGAAGGCUAAUGCCGUCCUGAAGCUUGCCAAGGAACUGCGGAAGCGACACAUCCGUAUCGACGGAGUCGGACUUGAGUCCCAUUUCAUCGUGGGCCAGACCCCGUCGUUGGAAGAACAGAUUGCUACCCAGAAGGCCUACAUCGACGCCGACUUGGACGUCACAGUCACGGAAUUGGAUAUUCGGUUUUCGGAGGCUCCGUUCUACACCGCAGAGGCACAGAGACAACAAGCAAAGGACUAUUACGAUAGCAUCCUGAGCUGUCUCAAAGUCGGUCCUCGUUGCAUCGGCGUCGUCGUUUGGGACUUUGCUGACAAGUACUCCUGGGUUCCUUACACAUUCGAAGGACAGGGAGGUGCUACUUUGUACAAUGAUACUCUCGAAGCCAAGCCGGCGUAUUAUGCUGUGGCCGAUGCCCUCAUGGGCAAGCCUUGCAGUGUCUGUUAG